AAAAGUCUAUAACCUAAAGGUUUACCAAAGUCGAAACUCGAAAGCCAAAAGCCAAGCGAAAUACUUCUCUGUAAACGUAUAUCGUUAAGUUUAAAUUGAGAGGACUAUAAAUAGAUGUAAUGAAUGUUAUUUAGGUGCAGAGCAAUCGGAUUCACAAGGUGCAUCAAGCUCACAGAGCUGUUGCUAUUUCGUUGCCGGUCAGUAAACGCAAGUAAAAUGUCUUUAGAGAAAGCAAAACAAGUGGCUGCAUUCCAAGCUGUGGAUGAAUUUGUGAAAAGUGACUGCAUCUUUGGUGUGGGCAGUGGUUCGACUGUUGUGUAUGCAGUGCAACGUCUUGCAGAAAGAGUUGAACUCGAAAAUCUUAAGGUUGUAUGUAUACCAACUUCGUUCCAAGCUAAACAACUUAUUAUAAAGCAUAAUCUGACGCUCGGAGAACUCGACACCAAUCCUGUGAUAGAUGUUACAAUUGAUGGCGCAGAUGAAGUUGACUCGAACAUGACAUUGAUAAAGGGUGGUGGAGGAUGUUUGUUACAAGAAAAAAUCGUUGCUUCCUGUUCAAAGAAACUUAUUGUCAUAGCUGACUACACCAAAGAUUCUGUAAGACUAGGCGAUAGAUAUAAAAAGGGAAUACCUAUAGAAGUGAUUCCUAUGGCUUAUGUUCCAAUUAGAAACAAAAUAACACAAAAAUAUGGCGGAGAAAUAAAGUUACGGGCUGCUAUAGCAAAAGCUGGACCAGUUGUUACAGAUAAUGGCAACUUUAUUUUAGAUUGGAUGUUUACUAAUCAAGAUCUGGAUUGGGAGGAUGUUUGUGCAUUUGUAAAAAUGAUACCCGGAGUUGUAGAAAUUGGUCUUUUUGUGAAAAUGUGUUCUAAAGCCUAUUUUGGGCAACCAGAAGGUACCGUGGUGGAAAGAUCUGCUUAGGUUUUAUAUGUUUCUAUUGUAAAUUAUAAGGGUAAAUCUCAAUCAAUUUUAUA